CCGAAGAUGGCAGAGGGGCAGGAUGGCCCUGGUGCUGGAUGGCCAAGGCCAUCUCCUGGGCCACCUGGAAGCCAUCAUGGCCAAACAGGUGUUCCUGAGUCAGAAGGCUGUAGUCAUGCACUAUAAGGGCAUCAACAUUUCUGGCAAUUUCUACAGAAACAAGUUGAAGUACUUGGCCUUCCUCCACAAGCACAUGAACACCAGCCCAUCCCACGGCCCCCACCACUUCCGAGCACCCAGCCGCGUCUUUUGGCAGACAGUGCAAGGCCUGCUGCCCCACAGGACCCAGCGAGGCCAGGCUGCCCUGGGUCUCCUCAAGGUGUUUGGUGGAAUCCCACCACCUUAUGACAGGAAAAAGAAGAUGGUGCUUCCUGCUACCCUCACAGCGGUGCACAUGAAGCCUACAGGGAAGUUGGUUUUCUUGGGGCGCCUGGCUCACAAGGUUGGUUGGAAAUACCAGGCAGUGGCAGCCACCCUGGAGGAGAAGAGGAAGGAGAAGGCCAAGACCCGUUACCAGAAGAAAAAGCCGCUCAUGAGGUUACAGAUACAGACCAAAAAGAAUGUAGAGAGGAAAACUGAUAAAUAUUCAGAGGACCUCAAGAUCCACGGAUUCCUGGUCUGA